AUGUUCCGUUCACUUUACUUGCUCGAGUUUAGCCCGUCACUUGGUCCCUCCUUUGUCUUGCCGGUCAUGGCAGCUUCGGGGAUAGCACAGCUACCCGUGGAACUUUGGAGUGAAAUUUUCGAGAUGGCCCUUGGCGAUGUUCAAGCAAGUGAUAAGCAUCAAGACACAACCACGGAGAACGAAGCAACCUAUUUCCCACAGGAUCUAAUGGAUUUAAGCAUUGAACGACUCCAGGCCCAAAUACGCUUGAGUGCCAACUUUGCACUCGUGUCCUCCACAUUCCGAGCAAUAUCAGAACGUUUCCUCUAUCGCAUCUUCAUUUUCCGAGGACAAUCGGACUCUUUGGCCCGACUCCGGGACCCAUCACUCUCAGAUCCUACCCGAGAAAAGGCAGCAUUCGUCCACACCUUGAUUAUCCGACAAUGGGGCUACAAGGACAAGGACCACAUCAUGAUCGACACUCUGUACGCCGCAUGCGUGAAUCUGCAAACGACCAUCGUUGACAUGCCCGACUUGAAUGGACCGUCGAGCCUUGUCCAAGCAUUAUCUCGGAUUCAGCCCUCCAUCUCAGCAGUUAAAUGGUUACCUCCCUUAUGUCCACACGUCGGCCCUGCCGGGUGGCACAAUGUCCAAACACUAGAGCUUUUGAUCAGCUAUUCUGUGUUGAACUGGGGCAUUUAUCUCCCUUUGCUUGUCACACUCAAGACCGUCGUUCCUCCACUCUUUGUAUGCCGCUGGGGGUUUCCAAACCUGCGGAAUCUGUGGCUCAUUCGUCGUGAUAUCAGUCCAGGCGGCGAUAGGCUCGAGUGGACGCAAUUCCUAGAGGACCACGCCGCUCAACUCGACCUGCUUGUAACGCAGGUCGACAAUAUGAGCAUCACCGCCAACGCACUGCCCACCUCGAUCCUAUCUCGGACUACAAACCUGCGCACUAUCUUUCUCCCUCUCUCCUUUAACCCGCAGGCUUACGAUCUCGAUACUUCACUCCCACAUCUAAUUCGUGUCGGUGUCCUGCUUCCCAUGGACCCGAAUCAACUCACACUCCGGAAUACAUCCCAAUGGUGGAAUGCGUUCCGCUUAAAGCCAGCCUUCAGUUGCGUAAAGGAGAUUGCAAUCCUACAUUGGAAUGCACCGGCCAGUUUCCUCAACGCAUUCCAGAAUGUCUAUGGAUACGACAAGCGCUUGAGGUUUCAUCGUUUGUAA